GCUGAAGGAAACUCCCUCCUCCCCUAAACAUCACUUCUCUUCCCCUCUCGUGUCUGACUUAUUCUCUCUCUGUGUCUCUCUCGUGCAUUGGCUGUCUGUCUGACAUCUUGACUUCAGUGAGUGGACUGACUGCUAAUGGUUGGCAUUUCCCCAUCACAGAGGAGAGGACGUGUACUGGGUUGAAAACCAUCAGUCUGUCGGUUGUCUUCUCUCAUCAGAGUGCUUCUAACCGGAGUGGGCGCAGCUCUCUUCCUGUCGUCAUGUGGGACUCUGGUCUGGCAGUAACUCAAAGGUCCUGAAGCCUCCCCUCAGGCUGUCUGAAUGGACAUCUCCUGUGCCUGAGGGUUACUGAAGGAGACAGAUGUUCUUGACCCACUUUGGAGAACCAUUGUCGACAACAAGCUGAGUCCCACAACUGACAGAAAUGGGCUUUUCUCCAAUUCGAGCCAAUCAACACAUUUUCAGUGCAAUAAUUCAAAAGAAGACUUUGUAUUAGUCCAUCAGAGAGCUGAGAAGGAACUACUCCAGUUUGGACCUGAACAAAGAUAGAGAAACAGAUGGAUAAAACAAACUUCAGCUUGACUUGCGUGACCAUCUCUAAUAGCCCUAUCAGUGACUUCCUGAUGGGCAUCUACAUCCUGGCCUUUAUCCUGGGCUUGGCCUUUAACCUAUUGACCCUUGGCCCCAUCGUCCAGCAGGUCCGCAGCCAGAACACCCUGGGGAUAUUCCUGCUCAACCUGUCCCUGUCUGACCUACUCUAUAUCCUUACCAUGCCUCUCUGGAUCAACUACUACCACCGGGACCACCACUGGAGCCUGGGCAGCCUCUCCUGCAGCGUGGCCGGCUUCUUCUACUACUCCAACAUGUACCUUAGCAUCUACCUGCUGUGCUGCAUCUCUGUGGACCGCUGCCUGGCCGUCACCUACCCCCUGAGGACCAAAGCCUUCCGCAGCGCGCGCUACGCCUGGGUGCUUUGUCUGGUCGUGUGCGUGACUGUCAUGUCCGGACACAGCCUGGUGCUGUUCAAGGACAACCUGCAGGAUGCCCACGACGACACGCAGGACCGCUGCUACGAGACCUACCCCAUGCCGCAGCCCGUGGCCCUGUUCAACCUGCUGCGGGUGGGCAUCGGCUUCCUGCUGCCCCUGCUGGUGCUGGGGCUGUGUUACUGGAGGAUCAUGGGCCAGGUGAAGCAGAGCGAGGGGCUGGGGGAGCAGGCUAAGAGGAAGGUACGGCUGCUGUCCUUCGGGGUGAUCGGGAUUUUCUCUGUGUGCUUCGCCCCCUACCACCUCCUCCUGCUGACCCGUUCCCUGGCCUACUACCACAUGGACGAAAAUAUGUACUGUCAGUUUGAGCAGAAAAUGCACUUCCCUUUCUCGUGCACGCUGGCCCUGUCCAGCCUGAACAGUGUGGUGGACCCAGUGCUGUAUGUGCUGGUCAGUAACGGGGUGAGGGAGGACAUGAGACUGUGCUUCUGUGGGAACAGACAGGGUCAGAGGGUGAGAGAAAGUCCCCUCUCCACUGAACCAUGGAACACACAUAUGAUCUGAUUACAUACUGUGUGUUUGUGUGGAGGGUUGGGUAGGUUACUUUCUAAAUGUAAUCCAUUACAGUUACUAGUUGCCUGUCCAAAAUUGUAAUUAGUAAAGUAACUUUUGGAUUACCCAAACUCACUCUUAGUUACUUUUGGAUUGCCUUCCCUUUUAAGAGGCAUUAGAAGAAGACAAAAAAGGAUCCAUUCAAAGCAUUUGGUAUGUCAUCAUAGUGGUCUCUGACUCACCCAGGUGGAACAAACUGAUGCUUUUUCCAAUGCUGAAUUGAAUGUCAUUGAGAAAACAGAAUGUUGUCAUAAGGUGUCUGAAUUUAAAAGUAGUCUAAGUAAUCAUGUUGUCGGUAAUCUGAUUACAAUAUCUUUGCUGGUAACGUAACUGAAUACAGUUACAGUUUUAUUGUAAUCAAAUGACGUGUAACUGUGAGCAUGUGUGUUGUAUUUACACCCUUCGCCUAUUGCAGUAAAUCCCUUCCGUGCACAUUGUAAAAAGGAUGGCAUGUUUGUUCUGUGUGACUUCAAUAACAUGUUCUUUCAUAUCAACCCACUUUCAUGGACAAUCAGUCAAUCAGGUUGUCUUUUUAAAAUGUUCAAAGAAAAGCCUUUGUGUAGUUUUUCUUAACAUUCCGCUUGGUGAUGAGGAUGGGUAUUGUGUUUCUGAAUUGGAGCUUUCUAUUAAAACGCCUGUCCUCAUUGGUAAGGAAAAUCCUUUCAAAGUCUGUCUGUUCUGGCUUUAUGUUACAGGAUUGCUCCGCUUGAAGGGCCCUCGACUCUCUUCAGGCCUGCCACAGGUUUUUAUUGACAUGUGCUUGGUUUACAAAUGAACCUUGUUCAAAUUUGCCUGUUUGUGGACUGACAUGAAUCAGAAGAACAUUUGUCAAUUAUAUAUGUACUGUAUAUCCCAAACUAAAUCUACGUCAAACAAUACUGGCGUUGAAAUCAAAGAAAAUACAGUACUGGACAUUGAAGACAUGUCGUACAAAUGUUCACCCAAUAAACAUAAAAGGAAGCUACCCAAAUGUGCAUUUGUUCUUACGUUUCCAUGUACAAUUCCAUUAUCGGACAAAUCAGUUCCCCUCUCAGUCCAUCAAGGUAAAAUAUGAAAAAAACUCAAAUCCAGCGCUGGAAAACAAUGAACUGCCUCAUCAAUUUAGACACUUAGUCAAUACAGCUCUUUAACAAAUGCUCUGAACAUGAGAGGUCACUGUAGACCGUCGCUUUAAUUACGGAGUGUGAUGCUGAUUUAUGUCGGUUGGCGCCCACCCCCCCCUCGGGUUGUGCCGUGGCGGAGAUCUUCGUGGGCUAUACUCUCCCUUGUCUCAGGAUGGUAAGUUGGUGGUUGACGAUAUCCCUCUAGUGGUGUGGGGGCUGUGCUUUGGCAAAGUGGGUGGAGUUAUAUCCUGCCUGUUUGGCCCCAUCCGGGGGUAUCGUCAUACGGGGCGGGGCCACAGUGUCUCCCGACCCCCUAAUCAAAUCAAAUCAAAUUUAUUUAUAUAGCCCUUCGUACAUCAGCUGAUAUCUCAAAGUGCUGUACAGAAACCCAGCCUAAAACCCCAAACAGCAAACAAUGCAGGUGUAAAAGCACGGUGGCUAGGAAAAACUCCCUAGAAAGGCCAAAACCUAGGAAGAAACCUAGAGAGGAACCGGGCUAUGUGGGGUGGCCAGUCCUCUUCUGGCUGUGCCGGGUAGAGAUUAUAACAGAACAUGACCAAGAUGUUCAAAUGUUCAUAAAUGACCAGCAUGGUUGAAUAAUAGUAAGGCAGAACAGUUGAAACUGGAGCAGCAGCACAGUCCGGUGGACUGGGGACAGCAAGGAGCCAUCAUGUCAGGUAGUCCUAGGGCACGGUCCUAGGGCUCAGGUCCUCCGAGAGAGAGAAUUAGAGAGAGCAUAUGUGGGGUGGCCAGUCCUCUUCUGGCUGUGCCGGGUGGAGAUUAUAACAGAACGUGGCCAAGAUGUUCAAAUGUUCAUAAAUGACCAGCAUGGUUGAAUAAUAGUAAGGCAGAACAGUUGAAACUGGAGCAGCAGCAUGGCCAGGUGGACUGGGGACAGCAAGGAGUCAUCAUGUCAGGUAGUCCUGGGACAUGGUCCUAGGGCCCAGGCCAGUUGAAACUGGAGCAGCAGCAUGGCCAGGUGGACUGGGGACAGCAAGGAGUCAUCAUGUCAGGUAGUCCUGGGGCAUGGUCCUAGGGCUCAGGUCCUCCGAGAGAGAGAAAGAAAGAGAGAAGGAGAGAAUUAGAGAACGCACACUUAGAUUCACACAGGACACCGAAUAGGACAGGAGAAGUACUCCAGAUAUAACAAACUGACCCUAGCCCCCCGACACAUAAACUACUGCAGCAUAAAUACUGGAGGCUGAG